GCUGAAGUUAGGCUCCAGGAGAAGAGAUGGCUUCAACUUGUAUUUAUGUUUUCCUCCUCAGGCUCUGCAGAUGGUGUGGGGAGGAGGUUGCACUCAGCCCCUGGCCUUGGUCUCUCAAAGACCCCAACAGCAGAAAUGGAGCACAGUCUCCAUGAAGCCAGCACAGUGCCUGCUUCUCAGGCUGCACCUUGCCGAGGCCCCAGGAGGGAAUAUGGGGAAGAUGAUCAGUGCGGUGCAGAGAACUUUCACUGCAUCUUACAUAGACUCAGUGGCACCGUUGUCUCAGAGAGGGACGAGACUCCAGUCUCUUCCCACAGUUUUGAUGCAUCAAAUGCGAGGAAAAAGCCUUUGGAAACCGGGCACCGUUGUUCCAGCUCCUCUUCCCUCCCUGUCAUCCAUGAUCCUCCUGUGUUUCUCCUUGGUCCCCAACUGUACCCACCCCAACCACAGUUCCUGUCCCCAGAUGUCUUGAUGCCCAGCAUGGCAGGGGAGCCCCAUAGACCCCCAGGAACGUCGAGGAGUGUCCAGCAGUUUCUGGCUAUGUGUGACAGGGGUGAAACUUGCCAGGGGAUCAAGUACCCAGGAAGAACUCUGAACUACCAGAGUCUACCCCAUCGUUCCAGAACAGAUGCCUCUUGGGGGCCAUGGUCAGAGACCAACCAGCAUAUUGGAGCCAGAUUCCUGAGUAUUCCAGGAUGCAAGCCUCAGCCGACACACACUGCCACACUACCAGAAAGGCGCCAGGGCCUUCAGGUUCCUCAUGCUCAGUCCUGGGGGGAUCUUUUCCAUUCUUCCUCCCACCCUCCCAUUGUUUACCCUGUGUCUCCACCAUCAAGCAGUCUUCAUGUACCCCUGAGGUCAGCUUGGAAUUUGGGUCCUGUUCCUGGGUCUCGAGGCCCUGGUCCUCGAAGAGUAGAUAUGCCCCCAGAUGAUGACUGGAGGCAAACCAGUUAUGUCCCGCAAUCUGGGCAUAGGAGGGCAGGGGGAGAGGAGUUUUUGUUUGUUCUGGCAGAUGCUCCUGGAAGAGAGCAGAUAAGGGCAAGAGCCCUGCAGCACAAUAGGUGGUAAGGGUCACCCCUUUCCUUUCCUGGAGCCACAGCUUUCUCCGUUAAACUGUACUGUGGAGGAGUUAGCACCCUGCAUCCGUGCCAGGGUUGUGCUAGUUUCAUCUCAACAUAGAGUUGGCAGUUUCUUCUAGGGGUACCUGGAACCCCUAACAAGACCUGGCUCCUUGAGAGGAAUAUUUGAAAUUCCAAUUUCCAUUCAACUGGCAAAAGGAAGCAACUGCUGUUUAGGGCUUUAUUUGAGCCACUUUAAAGAUGAAUCCAUAUUACCCUGGACACUAGUCAUUCCUUAGGAUCUUAGGGUCACCAUUUUAUUACUGGAUCCUUUAUGCCCCCAACUGCACCUGAGCCUUCAUCCUCUGUUCCCUACAAUACUGCCAACUUCUAUUCUUUGUUUUACCAACCUAUCCUUCUUACCUGACCUUCUGUCUUCCCCAGUACCCCAUCCUUGGAGGGGCAUGUAGCUGUGUGGUCAUGGUCCUGACCAUAUCAUUCAGGGCAGCCUACCUGCCCAGGUAUUAUGGGCUGUCACCCUUCCCUGUACCCCCAAACCUUAGGCCUAGAAUGCAGAGCUGCCAACAUAACAUUUGUCCUUCUGAACAGAUGGAGUCAGGCACACUAACACACCUUCCUGUCCUCAGCAGCAGAGCCAUUACUGCCACUUGCUCAGUCACUGUUGUAAACCCUCAGAGUUAGCUAAACUAUUUUAGGGCCAAACAUACUGUUUUUGUAAAGUAUUUUUCAUUAAUAAAUCUUUAAGAUAGUUGUAUUUAA